CUUGUUUUUAUUUCGGAUAAUGGCAAAUUUAUUUCAAUGGGAAAUAACCCACGUGUACAAGCUACUACAGUACUAGUACCAGGAAGUUUAUUUCAAAAUAUUUUGACGAAGGAUUGUCAUUUUGUUUUGGCAAUAUGGCUGAUAUGUAUUUCAACUGCGGUCACCGCUGCAAUAUAUUUUAGAAGUUAGAGAUAUCAUGGCACAUGAAUUGAAUAUAUUUGCCAAAAAGACCAGGAACAGGUUGUCAGCGAUGGUUUGCUGUAUUUAUCUUCAAGAUGGUCUUAAAGAAUUUAUUUUGGACACGAUAGGUGGUUUAUCCAAACCAACUGUUAAGAUAAGUGUCUUACCAUGGCGCCUUUGUCGAAUCUGUGAAUCCGGUGGCAUGUGUUGGAUCGACACAUUCAAAACACUACAAACAAAUCUUGCUUUCGAAGAUGAAUUUCCUUCGGAUAAAUGGUAUUGUCCGAACCGUGUACUGACACAUUUGCUACUUAAUUUGCAAGAUCAUCACCGGAUUUAUAAACCUUCAAAGGAACAAUUUGUUCCUCCUUCUAUGGAAUUUGAUUUCCUAUACAGGAACAAACGCGACAAGUUUGCCAUUUUAGUAAAAGAAGAAAAUCAAAGAAGGCGAAUACAAUUUCUUGGUAUUUUCGAAGCAAAUGUAGAUUUGGAAUGUUGGGUAUCCAACACUUUUCAGCUGGCCAAAUGCUUCCUCCCUGCAGGUUACCAUGACUUUGCAUCUGUAGACGAUAUAGGCCUUUGUGGGUUGCUGACUGUCAUUGGUAACUGCGACUUGUUUGCCGACUUCCUUUCACGUGAAAGACUUCGUUUACAGGAGGUUGAUCGUUUUGUAAGGCAGUUGUUUGUGACAAAAACAGAAUUAUUGGACAACUUUGAACAAUGGUAUGUUCAUGCUCUUCCUUUGUUCAUAACGCUGCUGAAUGAGCAAAAAUACCUGAGGUACGAUAGGAAUGCUCGAAAUGCUGUUGCAAAGUUAGUGAAGGUUAUUCAAGUUAACGGGCAAAUGGAAGAUGAAGAGAUCGGGAGGGUGUUGAGUGCAUCAAAUGGAACAGUGUUCAGUUUUCACGAACACGCCAAAAUAUCCCAAGUACGUGGACGAAAAUGAAAGGUUUCGUUCGUAUACAAGAUGGAUACAUAUAAAUCCAAGUCCAACACAGCUUAGUAAAGCAGGAUUCUUUUUUACAAGCACUGCUGAUUUGGUGCGAUGCUAUCAAUGCGGUAUUGGCCUCAAGGACUUUAGUAGUACGGACGACCCAUUGAAAGAACAUGUUAAACACUCCUCACAGUGCCAGCAUUUGCUUCUCUAUUUCGGAACUAUGAGCGCUCUUGAAAACUACAAGAUGCAAGAUCUUGAGCCCGGUGCAAUAAGACAAAAGCAGUUAGCAGAAUUCAGAGAAAGGUCGCUUCAAGGACCCCCACCAAGGCAGUACAGAAUAAGAAAUGAAGCAUAUAACACAUACGAACUAAGACUGACAUCAUUUGAGAAAUGGCCAGAGCAUAUCGUGCAAAGACCGCCGAUACUCGCUGAGGCUGGAUUAUAUUAUACGGGAAUAGACGACCACGUGCGUUGCUUUGCCUGUGAUGGAGGACUGAGGCGCUGGGAUCCAGAAGAUGAUCCGUGGAUAGAACACUGCAGAUGGUUCCCGGCCUGUCCUUUCGCGCGGAAACAGAAAGGAGACGAGUUUAUUGCUCUUGUGCAAGCGUCUGCUGACCAAAACAUCGAUGAACUUGGUGCCACUUCCGGAAAUUUCACCAACGACUACGUUGGUGGAGUUAAUAAUCUCCAUAUUACUGAUCCGGAUAUCAAACGAUCGAUCGAAGAAAAGAGGAAGAUAUGUACUGAUGACAUGGGCUUCAGUAAUGAGGUGUUUUCCUUCGCAGUGAGCGAACUAAGACAACAAGGUAAUAUAAAACCAUGUAUAGAAGACAUUGUUGUUGCAAUUGAGGUAAUAAAGGGCAGAAAUCAACAACAUUCUACGGAAAUCCCUAUUAACGUGAACAGGAAUGACACAAGUACAGAGGAAUUACUUGAGGAAAAUAAAAGGUUGAAAGACAUGCUCACCUGUUUCAUAUGCCAGAACAACCCGGUCAACGCUUUGUUUUUACCUUGUACACAUCAUCGAUUGUGCCUGGAUUGUUCUCAUGAUCUGAAAAAGUGCCCUGUUUGCUUGAGGCCAAUCCGAGAAAAAAUUAAAACAUUUAUGGGAUAAUAAUUUAAACUAUAAUAUAUUGCUCAGAAAAUAAACAUCUGUACAAAUAAUUCAAAUACUACAUGUAUAAUCGUUCUAAGGCCUAAAACAAUGUGUCUGUUUCGGGUAACCCGACCCUACCUAUAAAAAUACGCCGAACAUAACUUUUUUUUUUCGUUUCUGAGCAAAAAAAAUAUUCGUUAGCAAAUAGAGAGUUACGAAGGGCGGAUAAAUGCAGAUUUUAAUCCGAAUUAUUGUUUAUAAGAUAAAACAAAGUCAGGCAAUGACAGUAAUGUAGGAAAGAGUGCCAUGUGCAAGAAAACAUUCUGAACUUACGACAGAUUUUGAAAAAAAAAAUAAUAAAAAAAAAAUAAUUCCCUACAUACCCUACCUAGAAAUAUUUGGAAGGUUACCCUAAACGAACAUUUUUUGGCCUAAUUAUCGAUCGAUAUUUUAGCCUGCCGUGUAAAUACGAUGUUCAUCGAUAGCACAUGGUUGCUGUAAACAGAACGUUUUGCCUUAUCCAUGAGGCUUGAUUUAUGCUCCAUUCGAAGCAAAGGUUUACGUUUAUAACAAUUUUAUUAUUAUACAAUAUAAAUUAUGUUUAAUGGUGAAUGUCGUUUUCGUUAUUUAGAUUUACCAAUCGCACUUCAAGGAAGGCUUCGGUUAACUCGAAUCAUAAAAUAAAGGCGUAGGCUGGACUUGAAAAGAGAUUGCCAUGUCCAUUUUAGGUUCAUAAGAGUUUGCAUGGUUGGAAGUUUACGUUUCAAUGUGGCUACUUAAUUAAGACACGCUACUUAAUUAAGACACAUAUAUAAUAUUUACAAUUUCAAUCCAAAUACCAAAGUAUUCGAGAUUAAGGACCAUUGCACUUAACGCGGGUUAUGUCAACUACAAUAUAAGGACAGCUAAUAUUAUUGUUCAUCUGUUAUUUUGUCAUCUUGACAUGUACUGAUCAAUAUGUGUAUUUAUUUUCACUCCAUGCCGAUAUUUAUGAUGAAAGCUUUGACAACUACUAGUAUCCUGUCUGUGAUACAUCAUGAGCAGAUUAUUUGGAAAAGAAUGAUUGUUCAUAUACUUUGUCAAAGAGAUAAUAUAUAAACCUGCAUACAUAUAAACAUAUAUAUAUUGUUCUAAUGAUGUCCGUGUAUAUCCUAUCAUCGAUGUGUGUAUAUAUGUUGAGUACUCAGCCGUAUAUAUGUUAAUCUCUUCACUCAUGGAGUGAGUCAGUGAAAAUUAUCUAAGAUAUUUUGUUAGUGAUUGUUUAAUUCAAAGCUAUAAACGUAUUGCUUUUUGUUAACUUAUUUGUUUAUCAUUAAUGAAGUUAUUUAACGGUGGUUACAAUAUAUUAAGUGUGGAAACUCUUACCUGAAACAGAAUAACUACGUUUUUAUGUUCCUUAUGUCGCGGGGUCAAUUUGCCCUGCUCUAUAUGUUUGUGUUAGUGUCAUAUGUCUACAUGUAUGUUUAUCCAGUACACGUACUUUCCAAGUCCAUCUUUCUUGUGAUUAUCCAUUUUCCUAUUCUUCCAUUCCUUUCAGUCAUUCCUAUCAUUCACUAAUUCAUAUACUAAUUUCACUUUCAUUUUCGCUUUCACUUUCUAUAUUUAUUAAAGUAGUUCGCCUCGUGCACAGCUGGUGGCGGUAUUUUCCUCGUGCACAGCGCACUCAUAUUUUGUCGUUGGAGACGUAAACAUCGUUGGAUAAAUUUGGAAACUUUAUUGUUUCAUUUCUUUAUAAAAGUGUAUUUGGAUAAUUCCAGGUAUGAUUUAUUACUAUAAUAUACAUGUUGGCAUUGUGUGAAUUUGUCUUUUGUGUAAUUUGAUGUAUAGGCACUCAUAUUUUGUCGUUGGAGACGUAAACAUCGUUGGAUAAAUUUGGAAACUU